CUCUCUGACACGUUGAAGCUAUGUUUCUGUGAUGUCCGAUUAUGAUCGAUCUGUUCUGGCCAUCAUAUGCAGAGUGAGUGGGUCAUAUGCAAGGUGUUCAUGAGGAAGCAUCCGAGGGGCAACGAAAGGAAGGUGACAACGGAGGAGACAGUGCAUGAUCAGGACUCCACUCCAGGCCAUCUCCUUCCAAUGGUAUCGGUACCGGACGGUUGCGACGGUCAUGAGCAGGAGGUGGCGCCACCAGCUGCAGCCACUGACUCACAGCACACGAUCAGCCGCUCCGGUGCCCAUGUCAUGGAGGGUAAUGAGAAGGAUCAUCGUCAACAACAACAACAAAUGGUCCAUGAGGAGUUGCUGAUGAUAGAUCAUCAUGGUUGGAGCGGCGCCUCGCCGUCCUGGUUCAACCAUGAUGACUUGUUCAACCAUGAUGACCAGCUGGGAACGCAUUGCUCCGCGUUGCCAGUCAUGCAGAUGCAGUCCGACGAUGCAGAUUAUUACCUGCCGGCGUUGCUGGAGUCCGAUGGCUGUGACGACUUACCGAACGAUGCUGGGUCGGGGUUGCUUGACACCGGUGGUGAAGUGACCCGACAUGCUGAGAUGAUCACCUCCGCCGCCAUUGACCCACUUCACCUCGAUUGUCUCUACUGGAACUUUGGUUUCUGAAAGCAAACAUAUUCAAUGCUUGUGAUUCAAUAGGGUAUAUGUGUGUGCAUUAGACAUAAAUUCUGAUUUCUUCUGAACAAUACUCCAAAGCAUUUACAAUGUAUGAGUUGACAUUUUGAGUGCAGGUUGAUGGGUGUAAAGAACA